AUGUCUGAAACAAUUAUUAGAAAAAUUCAACGACGUUGUUCACUUUUUAUUCAAACAUGUACUCCAACUCAUGUUAAAGAUGUUUUGAUGAGUAUGGCAACAACAUAUGAAACACGAAAAAUUGUUACAAUUAAUUCAUAUCCAAUAGCAUUAACAUGUCGUUUUGUUCAAUUACUUAUAUUAAUAUAUGCAUUUGCUUAUAUGUUGUGGUAUAGACGUGGUUAUCAAGAUCAUGAUUCAUCAUUAAUAUCAUCUGUUAUACUUGAAGUCAAAGGUAUUGGAAAUUUUGGAGAAAAUUCAACAAUAACAUUAGAUAAUGCAGAUUUUAUUAUUCCACCACAAGAAAAUAAUGCUCUUUUUAUUAUGACAAAUUUUAUAAGUACAGAUCAAGAACGAACAUUUUGUGGAGAAGGAAUUGAUGUUAAAGAUGCUAUAUGUAGAAAUCAUUCAGAAUGUGAAGUUAAACGUCGAUAUCCUUCAAAAAGUAAUGGACAUUGGACAGGAAAAUGUCGUAUAUCUGAAGGUCGAUGUGAAAUGGAAGGUUGGUGUCCAGUAGAAAAUGAUCUUGUUGUCCCUCAACCAAUAAUGGAUGCAUUAAAUUAUACAAUAUUCUUAAAAAAUUUCGUUGAAUUCACACGUUUUCGUGUAUUAAGAACAAAUAUUUUGAAUGAAUCAAAAUAUUUUGAAAAAUGUCUUUAUCAUCCAAUAUAUGAUAAAUUUUGUCCAAUAUUUCGUGUUGGUGAUUUAUUAAAUAUAGUUGAAAAUGAUGAUGAUGAACGUUAUAAAAUGUUAGCUUAUGGUGCUGUUCUACGUAUUAAGAUUGAUUGGAAGUGUAAUUUAGAUUUAGGCGAAGAUCAAUGUAAACCGGAAUAUUCAUUUGGUCGUUUAGAUUCAAGAUCACGUGAUGAACAAUUUUCAUUGGGAUUUAAUUUUCGUUAUGCAUCAUAUUGGAAAGAUAAAAAUAGUUCAUAUCGUAUAUUAAAGAAAGCAUUUGGUUUACGACUUAUUGUUACUGUUAAUGGUGAGGCUGGUCGAUUUGAUUUCCUUGUAUUAACACUUCAUAUUGGAUCAAUGAUUGGUGUACUUGGUUUAGCAACAUUUAUAUGUGAUAUUGUUGCAUUAUAUUUUAGUGAACGUAGUUAUAUUUAUCGAACACAAAAAUUUCAAUCUAUUCAUUCGGAAGAUGGAUAA